AGUGAACAAAUUUAAAUUCUAUAAAUACUCUUUGGGAAUGAUCACCUAAAUUUCUAUAAAUAGGUCUUUCCGGAGUGCACACAUUGCUUGGGUUGUAUUGGACGUUAAUUCAGUCUUUUAAGGAAAAUCAUUAAACUAUGGCAGAAUCGCAAAACCAGCUUACCGGCACUCCGGAUACAAAUUUACAGGAAAAAAUCCAAUUUUUAGAAAAGGAACUGCAAAGUAGAGACAAUGAAAUAUCAAAUUACAAGAAACUGCUGGCCGAUAUGGAAGCCGAAGUUGCCCAAGCACAGAAAAUUAAGGCCAACAGACAAAAGGAGACUGAAGAAGUGGACACCAUUAAAGUUAGAUCCGAGGAGACGCUCACCAAAGCCAAAAGUAUAAUUUUCGAAAAGGUGAAAGUUAUAAAAAAUCAAGAAUUGCAAAUAGAAGCGCUCAAUCAGCAAAACGAAUCACUUAAGGAUGUCGUUCGCAUAACAAAAGAUUUAUUGGAAAUUCGUAAUUUGGAAGUUAAACAGAUCGAAACCAAAAUGGAAGCUAUGGAAGCUAAAAUUAAAGCAGAGAGGGAACGUCAGGAUCUGAUGCACAAAAAAUUGGAAGCCAUGAUCAGACACAACGGAGAACUUAAGAGGGAGUACGAAGCUCAACUCAUUUUGUUUAAGGCAUUAAGAGAGAAGUACAACCAAAGAGACAUGGCUCAGGAUGUAGUUGAUGAUUUAAAGGGAGUCCCCAGGACAAGUUUGGCUAAUGGAGACGUAGAAACACCAGAGGCGUCUGCCUCGAGCAGUAGUAAACCAGAUGAUGAAGUCAAAGAAGAACCCAAAUAAUUUAUUUUAAGUAUUUAUAUUUGCAGACAAUUUUGUACUAAUAUAAAAAGGUGUUUGUGUAUUAUUUCUAUGGGCAGAAAAUCUUAAUAAAAUAUUUUAUUCUG